UAGUGCCGGCUAUAUUGUUGCUAGACACCACGUUCGAAUUACGAAAAAGCUCGCAAGCAACCAUGAGACCGCAAGAAUAUUUGACUAUAAGUUUGGUGAUCCUGCUGUUCAGUGUAAUUGGCACGGGUUUUGCUCAGAGUGGAAGCAAUGAGAAUGACAGCAGUCAGAGCAGCGGUCAGAGCAGCGGUCAGAGCAGCAGUCAGAGCAGCGAUCAGAGUAGCAUUGAGGACAACAGCAAAGAGAACAAUAACAAUGUGACGCAAGAAAUCUCUAAGAUAGCAUAUUGUAUAAGAAACACCGGAUUAGGAAUGUUUAUACGAAAUAUGGCUGAUACGAUGUGGCUGAUCCUUUCUAUUCUACCUGAAGAAAUAAGAUCAUUAUAUAUAUUUUAUAUGUAUAAUAUAAGAAAUUUGAUUGUCAUUUUGAUUACCAACAUGGAACGGUAUUCAUCCAACGUGAUGGAAUUCAACAACAUGUUAAAAAGACUAAGAGAUAUAAUCCCCAUACGAACAUUACUCAAAUUUAAUAAAUAAUUGUACCAAACACUGGCAGAAAGUAUUAUCUAAAAAGUAUGUACUUAUAUGUAUGUGUGUUUGUGUGCGUUAUACACAUGUUUAUGCAUUGCGAAUAAGAACGCGAUAUGUUGCAAAUAAAUAAAUACAUUUACGUUUGCGUAUAUAAAGGCCGCAUAUAAAUUGUAACAAUGUUUUAACAAACAAUAAAAGGUAUUGUAGAAAACAGAAA